AUGUCCCUGUUCUCUUUACUCUCUCAAGUCCAGAGACCCUUCAGCGAGUAUAGAUGGGUACCGCUUCUUUGUGUUCUUCAAUUCUACUUUUCACUCUCAUUUUUCAUUCAUGCUUGCAUUAUAAUGCGGUUGUUGGGACAGAGAGAGAAGCUUUAGAAAUAAUCAUAGGUGGGGGUGGAUAUUCUCCUGCCCCUUCUCCUGAGAAUGAAAAUUGUCCUCCCCCGCCCCCUCCCGAACCCCUUUGUCCCCCGCCACCCUCUCCGCCGUCUCCACCCCCUCCGCCUCCUCCACCCCCCCCUCCGCCCCCUCCGCCCCCUCCACCCCCCCCUCCUCCCCCUCCUCCGCCCCCUCCGCCUCCUCCGCCCCCUCCGCCUCCUCCACUCCCUCCGCCAAAAGUGGUCCCAUCUCCCAAGCCAUCUAAAGGUUUUGUGAGCAAAAACAUCGAAAGAGACUUUCACAUAAUUCAGAGAUUCAAAAGAUUAAUUAUUAAAGAUCCCAUGCACAUUACAAAAAAAUGGGUGGGAAAUGAUGUCUGUAAUUAUCCAGGCUUUAAAUGUGCAACUGUACCUGACCAGAAGGUGACAGCCCUUGCAGCGGCAGAUUUCAAUGGCUACUCUUUUGGCGGCCCGGAUCUUCAGCUCACAGGUUUCCUCGAUCAGUUGCGGGACUUAUCCAUCUUUCAUGCGAACUCCAACAAUUUCACUGGUCCUGUGCCAAAGAGUAUUGGCACUUCCAGAGUUCGUUACUUAUUUGAGGUCGAUCUCAGCAACAACAAGUACUCUGGUGGAUUCCCUAUGUCUGUUCUUCAAGCCACCAACUUAACCUUUUUAGACAUCAGGUUCAACUCAUUUUCAGGGCCAGUUCCAGCUGAAGUCUUCACCUUAGACCUAGAUGUGCUUUUCAUCAACAACAACAAAUUCUCACAACAGCUUCCUGGUAAUCUCGGCUCCACACCUGUCCUUUAUCUCACUUUGGCCAACAACAAGUUUAGUGGUCCCAUUCCAAGAAGUAUCGGCAAUGCCCAAAACCUUCUUGAAGUGCUUUUCUUGAACAAUGAACUCGAAGGGUGCUUGCCAUACGAGAUUGGCAAAUUGGACAAGGCUGUCGUGUUUGAUGUGGGCAGCAACAAGUUGACUGGCCCAAUACCCCAUUCAUUUGCAUGCCUAAAAAAGAUGGAGAUCCUGAAUUUGGCCGUGAAUAAAUUUUACGGGCCGGUGCCGGAGAUGGUGUGCGACCUGCCUAGAUUAGCGAACUUGUCUCUCUCGCACAACUAUUUCACUCAGGUCGGACCUGAGUGCAGGAAAUUGAUAAAGAAAAGGAUUCUUGAUGUUAGAAUGAAUUGCAUUUUGGAUCUUCCUGGUCAGAGAUCAGCAGCUGAUUGUGCCAAGUUCUUCUCUAUCAAGAGGACUUGUCCCAAUGAGAGGUCACUCAGCUAUAUUCCUUGUAGGAAGGGUGGUUAUUCAAGUUCAUUGGAGACAUCUGAUCAACAAUCAAUGGCUCCGGCUCCUGCACCUAUAACAUAUAAUGCCCUUAAACCGCAUAAGCUGCGGCUUUAAAUGGAUCCCUUCAAUUCAAGAUAGUCUCUUGGUUUGCUUGAUGGCUGCUCCUAUCUAUGUAAACAUAUUUCUCCUAAUCAGCUUGUAGCUUGUCGUAUAAAUCAUAAUGAAUAAGGUGAACUCAUUUCUGCUUUCAAAGCAAAUGCAACUUUAUAGUUUAAUGA